AUGCCGCCGUACGCGACGCGCCAGAAUGAGUGGGGCAGCCGGGCGCCGGACCUCGGCAUGCACCUUACGCCCGUUCAGUCUUUUGUGGUGCGCUGCUGCGAUCCGGGGCUCGAGCAGCCGAAUUUGCCGCUCGCGCUCGAGUUGGCUGACUACAUCAACACGAAGCGGGCGAACACGGCACGCGAGGCGGCGUUUGAGAUCGUCGAGUAUGUGAACUCGCGCAUCCCGCAUGUGGGCAUGCUUGCACUGCACCUGCUUGAUAUCCUCGUGAAGAACUGUGGCUUUCUCAUGCAUCUGCAGAUCGCCACGAAAGAGUUUCUCAACGAGCUUGUGCGCCGCUUCCCGGAGCGCCCGCCGAUGCAUCCGAGCCCGGUCAUGACACGCAUUCUCGAGAUGAUCCACGAGUGGCGGCAGACGAUCUGUGUCACGAGCAAGUACAAGGAGGACCUCGUGCAUAUCCGCGACAUGCACCGCCUGCUCAUGUACAAGGGAUACCGCUUCCCGAAGGUCGACGCGCGCUCGGCGUCGGUGCUGAACACGGCGCAGCCGCUGCAGUCGCCCGAAGAGCUCGAGGAGGAGACGCGCCUCGCGCAGAGCGCCAAGCUCCAGGAGCUCAUCCGCCGCGGCACGCCGCGCGACUUGCAGCAGGCGCAGGAGCUCAUGAAGAUCCUCUCUGGCGCCGAGCCUGAGCAGAGCAGUAUCCAGGCGCGCCAGGUUGCCAAGGAAAUGGACAAGGUCGCCGCGCGCGCGAAGCUCCUAUCGGACAUGCUGGCGCAGGCCAAGCCUACGGAGAAGUUUGUGGCGGGCGACGCGUACGACCAAGUCGCCUCGCAUCUGCGGAGUGUGCAGCCGCGUCUGCAGCGCUGGAUCGAGCAGGCGCAGCAGGAGGAGUCGGAGCUCCUCGCACGCUUCCUUGAGAUCAACGACUGCAUCCAUGAGACGCUGGGCCAGUACGACGCCGUGGCGCACGGGCGCGCGCCACCCAGCAGCCACGCCGCCGAGCUUAUCUCGUUCGACGAUGACCCGGCGCCGUCGAACGCCGCGCCCACGUCCGGCAGCAGCGACCUGGCCGCGCUCCUGUCCCUCGAUACCUCUGCGCCAGCGGCCGAGCCGGCCAAGCCCGCGGCGCGCGGCGCGGUGGACCUGCUGGGCGAUCUCGAUGCUCCGAGCGGCCCUGCGAUGCCGCCGCCGAUGCCCCUCGCAGGAAGCUCGUCGCGACCGGCCGCGCCGCCGCCGCCCGCGCCAGCGCCGCACGACCCGUUCGCCGGCCUGGAUCUUCUGAAAUAG